AUGACUGAAGUCGAUGUCGUUUUGCCGGAGGGCGUGGCCGAGCCCACGACAAAGCUUGCCAGCGCAUCAAGUUCCCCCAAACAGUCCAAAGCAUCGGCAGCACUGGAUGUGGAUGAUGAUGAGCGGCGAGUCAGAAUGGAGGAUGAUGCUGAGCAGGUGGCGGAGGAGGAGCAGGUGGAGGAGGAGUUACCCCCCGCCAAGGAAAAGCUGGAUAUCAUCUCCUCCGGCGACAAGGAUAUCGCCAAUGAGGAUGUGGCCCAGGCCUCUCCGCAAGCUUCAGCGCCCGACGACCUAAUGGAGGUGGAUGAGAACCAGGAUGAGGUCGAAGAAAACGAAGUGGAGCACGACGACGAGGACUCACAGAUCACCAGCAGCAGCUCCAAAGAGCCCAAGCUGGAUGAAGGGGAGGACGAAGAAGAGGCCACCACCAAUGGGGACGCGGAUCAUGAGGCCGAGGACGAAGACGAGGCCGAAAAGAUCGGCAGCACAGCGGAAAACAGCUGCGAGGCCGAAGAUCCCCUGGGAGCAGCCACAGUUCAGGAGGAGGAGCUGGUCAGCGGGAAGAAAACCCAUCUAGAUGGUGACGGUGAUAGCCUGCCCAGCGAAGGGGACGACGAAGAAGAGGAGCCCACUUCCAAGAAGGAGAAUGGCUUUGGAGCCAGCCCUAAACAGAAAGAGAACGGACAGGCCAGUUUAGCAGAGGCCAAGGCGGCGGCAAUUGCCAACUCGGAUGGCGGAGUGGUCAAUCUGGACGAGGACAGUGACGAGGACGAAGAAAUGGAUCUCACGGACCACAAGGAGCCAGCAAAGCCCACGCAGAAGGCUGCCAAACCGGCCCCCUCAAUCGGAGGUGGUGAUUCUUCCGAUGAUGCAGUGCUGAUAGCCUCCGACUCGGAUACAGAGUCCCCAGCUCCACCGCCGCCAGUGAAGAAGCUUCCCCCAGCAUCGCCAGCAGUCAAGGCCACGCCGCCGCCACCGCCAGUUCAUGAGGAUGAGGACGAUGACGACGACGAUGACUGCGUGGUGAUUGAAGACGACACACCUCCAAGUAUUUCGCCAAGCGGCAAGCGCAAGAGCGACCUGCACGACGAUCUGCAGCUGCAGCCCAGCCACAAAAGGCAGCGCAGCUCAACGCCGUCGGGAAUGGGCCAGCUGACCAUCAAGGAUGCCCGCUCGCUCAUGCCCCACGAUGGUAGCCCAAGCUCUGUGCCGGGACCACGAGAUUCCAUUUAUCCGGUGACCAUAACGAAUGCUGUGACGGGAGCUGCCACCAAUCUGGGCGUAGUGCCGCCCAAACUAGUUCCCAUGGCGGCGGGCGGCAUGGGCGCCAGCCCGGUGCAGUUGAAUCCGCCAACGCUAUCGCUCACCGGACUGCCCAGCAUGACGAACAAUGCCAAUCUGCUGCCCGGCCUCACAGACGACAUGUUCGUCCUGGAAGCGCCCUCCUUCAUUGUGCCCUACAUCUACGAGAAGCCUCCACACGAAAACAUCUGCGAGGUGGUCAAGGCCAUCGAGACCAAGUAUGCCCUGUCUGCUGAGGAUUUAGCUGAGGCGGACAAGGGCGACGAGUUCGACAUGAUGACCGAGCAGAACAAGGAGGACAAACCGGCGGAACAGGGUGGCGAAGAUGGUGCUAGCAAGAAAAAGAAGAAGAAGCGGGGCGACGACGAAUCGUGGUCGGAGCAGUCGGACGAUGAUGACGACGAAGACGACGACGACGACUCGGAGUCGGGAGUGCGCACCAAGGUGCUGAUUAAGGAGGCAAACGACGACCUGAGCGCCCUGAAGGUAGCCAUCAAACCUGCCGCCUCUUUGGCCACGGCCGGCGGAGCAGUAGCGCUCAACAAUCCGGGUGGCAGCAAGCCCGGACAGGAGAACUACUUCGAGAGUCCGUUGGGCAAGUUCUUCAUGGACAUUGGCGUGGGCCUGGUGCAGGAGUACGUGCAGGCGGAUCUGCUGCGCUUGCAGAAGCGAAAGAUGCGCAAGGCGCAGGUGCAGGGCGUGCCCAAGGAGUUUGAGAUGGCCAUCAAUGCGCUGUCGGGCAAUCUGCAGGCCUCCAAAACGAAAAACGCCCCCUUCAAGUUCCGCAUGAAGCGCUGCGAGUUCUGCAACUUCAAGUCGGAAUCGGCCAUGGCGAUGGCCAAUCAUUACGAGACGCCGCACAUGAACGGAGUGCUGUACAAGUGCAAUUUCUGCACAUUCGAGAUCCGAAACGCCACGGAGAUUGUCUACCACAUGGAGGCGGUGCACAACAUUAAGGCGCGCCUGAUCAAGCCACUGCCUUAUCACCAGUGUCCGAACUGCGGCUUCGAGGACAACGGCAAGGCGAAGCUGGCCCGCCAUCAGCCCGUCUGCGCCAAGAAGUUCCGGCCGGAGUUGAACCUGGCGCCGCCCAACGACUGGGAGGCACCGGCCAAGAUACCGCGCAUCAAGCCACGUCAUGGUCUUGUGGGCACCGCCACCGCCUAUCAGGCCAUGGCUGCGCAGGCGGCUGCACAAAAGGCCGCUCUGGCCAACAUCCAGCAACAGCAGGCGGCGGCGCAGGCCAGGAAUAAUCUUCAAGCUGCCGCGUUGGCCGCCCAGAAUGCGGCCAAGAUGCGGCAACGGGCGCCACAGCCACCCAAACAGAAUAUGGUGCGGAAUCCGGCGCCAGUGCGCGGCGGCAACUCGAUGAGCGCGGGACUGUCGCUGCCCAACAGCUACCAAUUGGCUGCCGGUCAGCUUGUUCAGCAGGCGUCCAAGAAACCUAUGGCCGGACAGCCCAGCAUCUCGAUAACGCCAUUACCUCGACAGAGCUCUGUGGGCGCCGGAGCGGGAGCCUCGUCCAGCAAGGCGCCUCAGGCGGCCGCAGGGAUGAAGCCCGGCCAGAGUCCCAGCGGCAACAACAAGGCGCAGUUCGUCAUCUGCGAGAUCUGCGACGGCUACAUCAAGGAUCUGGAACAGCUGCGCAAUCACAUGCAAUGGAUGCACAAAGUGAAGAUUCAUCCCAAGAUGAUCUACAACAGGCCGCCAUUGAAUUGCCAAAAGUGUCAAUUCCGGUUCUUUACGGAUCAAGGAUUAGAGAGGCACUUGCUGGGCUCACAUGGCUUGGUCACAAGCUCCAUGCAGGAGGCUGCCAACAAGGGCAAGGAUGCCGGUCGUUGUCCAGUCUGUGGCAGGAUGUACCAAUGGAAGUUGCUGAAUCACGUUUCGCGCGAUCACCACAUGACCCUGAAGCCCGCUCACCUGUCCUACAAGUGCACCGUUUGCACGGCCACCUUCGGCAUGUACAAGCAAUUCGAGACGCACGUCUAUACCGCCCACAGUACGGUGGCCAGGAAGGCGAUGGACAGCAAGAAGAACAGCGCGCAGUCCAGCGGGUCGGGAUCUGGAGCAGGGAUGUCGCGCAGUUCGUUGGGAGCGGCCAAUGACUCGCUGCUGAAGCCGCUUAAGAUCAAUGAUGAGAUCACCAUCAUACCACAGCCCGCAUCGAAGCCACGCAUCACAAAUAUGGAGAGUCAUGUCAUAGAUUAAAGAGCGUGUUGGAUCAACCAAAAACCUAAUCUCGCAAAGUUUGCAGCAUUGACAGCGCUUUAAAAUUAGUUUUGUUUUUAAGCCGAACGCGACCUUGCCGCCUCAAGGUCACGCCCAUUUACUUCUGUAAGACGAAUUGUAUAAAGAGCAUGAGUAUAAACAGAUGAUUAUGAGAAGGAACGAACCCUGACUAAACUAGAAUAGUAGCCCGUAUUUGCUGCGGUUUAAUCACCAACACACAACAGCUACAGGAUACGCGAUACACAUAACGCUAACGGCAUAGAUACAACUACAGAUACAGAUACAGAUAUAGAGAUACUAGUUACGGAUUUUAGUUACAUACGUUUUGGAGUGUGCACAUAAGUUGAAGUUGUAGCUACUACUAAAAUAUACCACGUACAUACGAUAUACAUAUAUAUUUAACUAUAUUUAAAGCAUAUUAUGAAGAAGCCGCCAGAGCGCAUCGUCAGCAUGAUGACUAUGUAAAUUAGUUAAAAACUAAACUAUUUAUACGAGAACUACGACGAGUAUCCAAAAAUGUGUGUUGCAGUAUGUAUAUACAUUUUGAAUAGGUCCCCCCGCCCACGUAAGUGGCGUAUUGCUUCGUUUCGUUUUCUAGCUAUUUCUUUUGCGAUCAGUCGAUGAGGCGAAGCGAAGUGCGGUUAGCGGCUAGCGGUUAGGACUCUUCUAAAAACUGAUCUGAGAGAGACGUUCGACAUUUUAAUUUUUGUGUACAAGUUUAAACUUAUAUUUAUAUUACACAUUAUCUAUUAAUAUUAAAGUAUAUAUCAUCUAUUACCGCCUAAGAGUCCCCAUGUACUACAGUUAUAAAGCAAAACAACCAGAACACAACACAAACAACAACUACCAACCAACCAACAAACAAACAAACAAACUGAAAAUGAGAAAAUUAAAAACCUAGUUAAUAUAAAAAUGCUAA